AUGCCUUCUAACGGCAGGAGAACCCGUUUGUGGCCUCAGCCAGAUGAGUCGACUGUCAAGCAGAAGCUCCUUGCUGGAGAGCAUGGUGCUGAUAUAUUUGGCGGAUACCGCAUCACGAGCUGCAAUUACAACUCUGAUAGUGAUUGGUACUGCAGCCAUCAGUACACUGAUUACCCCGAUGCCGAUUCUUACCAUUCCAUCGACAGAUUUGGAUUUUACACCUCGAAUAAUCCAGAUGGAAGCACAGAAAAUCUGCAUUUGAAGGACAAGAAAGCCGAAUACCAUGGACCCGGAGAGCAGGGAUUGGAAGAUUGUUCGGAGGGAAUGAAUUGGAAGGCUUUGCCUAACAUACCCGACCCUUGUUUUCGGAGAGUUAACCGUCUCGGUUCGUGGUUUUGGAAGCAGCUCAAAGAGGCAGAGAAGGAGCAAGCCGAACUCGAGGAAGACCUCCGUCGGAUGAAUGAAUGGAGAGAGCAGCAGAAGCAGCCACAGCAGCCAGAGCAGCAGCAACAGCAGCGGCAGCGGAAGCAGCAGAGGCGGCGCAAAGUAGAUGAUCAACAAGCCAAAGUUCCAGAUGCUUUGCAGUGCAGCAAUAAUUCCGUCUUGGAGCUAUUGGACGAUGAGAAUGUGCAACUUGAGGAUAUUGUACCGACUACAGUAUCCAGAUCUACGGCCAAGUCGUCGGGGAACUCUGAGGUGGAGAUAUCUGGAAGCGCCUCUUCAACCACGAAGUCAUUUCUGGAAGCAAUACCCCAGAAUCCAACGCUUGGAAAGAGGGUGGAGCAUGCCGGCAGUGACUUGGGGAACAAUGUGGUGCAGCCCGCACCCGUUGUAAACCCAAAUGAGACGACUGAAAUCGGACCGGCGAGGCGCAACACUGUCAUACCCAACCCGCCUCCCAACAAAAGCGGAACUACAAGGAAAACAAAGAAGCAGGAACCGAAGAAGCAGGAACAGAGGAAGCAGGAAGAAAAUAAGCGGAAGAGAAGCGAGAAAGAGAAAGCCGAAAAACGACACUCAGAAGAGCAGGGCACUGGGGAGAAGCUAGCAGAGACAGAUUCUCACAGCAAGGAUCGUAGAAAAAAACCGAAAACGAAGUAG